AUGGUGAACCUGGGCCUGUCCCGGGUGGACGACGCCGUGGCCAGCAAGCACCCGGGACUAGGUGAGUACGCUGCGUGCCAGUCGAACGCUUUCGUGAAGGGCGUUUCCACCUUUGUUACAGGCACCGGUGCGACCUUCGGCCUGCAGAUGCUGGUCCAGAGGAAGCUUCCAUGCCCCUUUCAGUGGAAGGUGCUGGUGGCUGUGGUCGCAGGCUCAGUGGCCAGCUACUGGGUGACCCGCGUAGAGUCGCAGAAAUGCAGCGACCUCUGGCUCUUCCUGGAGACAGGGCAGCUCCCCAGAGACAUGCACACAGAUCGGCGUAGCUAG